AAAUCUUAUGAAACAGAUUUUCCUGACUAAUUCUGUUUUCAUCUUUGGUUUGGCACCAGGGAAGCUAAGAGCUAAUUUUUAGCCCCCAUUUGGCUCUUAGAUGUGGUGUGUGUGUCUGGGUGUCACCCCCAACUUUCCAGCAUCUUCCUGCUCAGUCUCUCCGUCAGCAUGCUGUACUCCAUUCACAUAUUUCUGUAAGCUGGAGUUUACUCUGUGGGGUUUUAUGUACUGUCCUGUCCUUUUCUGAACAUGAUUGAGUAUAAAUUGUCUCAAGUGAAACUCUCCCCCUUAUGUUCUUUUGUGCAGUGUUUGUGUAGAACAUUAACAUCUAGCAGAUUAGAGUGUGUUGAUUUACAGAGGCCAGUGAGUCACUUUCAUUUCUGGUGUCCUUUUCAUCAGGUUACCUUAGAUAAAUCUGAACCUAACCAUCCCAUAUCUGGAAGUACAGAGCGCUAUUUUGUUUCCUUACAUACUAUAUAUAGUACAGUUACUUGGCAGUCUUGCUAUUUACUACCUCCCACAGCCUCUGCCCUAUUUUUCCAUUUUAUUUCUGUCUAGUGUAUACAGAUAUUUCUGUUAUUCAUAUUAUUACAAUUAGUCAUAACAGGCUUCUUACAGCUGCUUUGGGAACUUUUGUAACUGAUGGUUAACUCUAUUCUUAGUUACCUGUAUGUGUUUUCAUCAGUGUGGCUGAUUUUAAACUGGGAAAACUUAAAACAUUGAUGUUUACACACUGUAGAGCUCUUCUGUUCAUUAGAGCUUGAAAUUAAUGGAAGCCGAAGCAGACGCUGCAGAUGGGCCGUGGUGAUACGGUUGUGCCUCUGGUCAGACACCCAGCCUCGCUGUAUCGGGGGCUACAUGUGUGUGUAAAAGAGGGAUUUUCCUAAGACUUGGGGAAAAAAUAAUGUAUCUUGUGCUAAUUGAAGUGGGUAGGGAUCAAAUGUAUUUUGUACAAAAUACUGAUUCUCAGAGUUGUUUGAAGGUUACACUUCGCCUAUUUGUUGUUAGAGUGCUGUCAUUUCAGCUUCCGGGAGACUGUGUGGUCUCCUCAACUGAUGAGGCACGAGGCAUGCUGUGCCGAGGUUCUGCAGUGAAGCUGACCUGGUGGGAAACAACGAAGUCCAGUUAGACCACCAGCCAUGGGGAUGGGACGCUGAAACGAAGCUCCGGACCAGUGGUGUUGGCUUUCCUCCUCCUACUGCGUCCAAAGCGUAUGCACAGGGCAUUUCAGAACAGGCCCCCAGUUUAUGGUGUUUCCUCGGGCUGGCCACAGACGUGCCCUCUGCUGCGUCACGCAGGAUGAGUGGAAACUAGGUGUGGCCACAGACCGCUUCUACGAAAGCUAGACUCUCUUCCUUAAGGAGCCCAUGAGAGACGCCGUGGACAAGAAGAAGCUGGAGCAGCUUUACAACAGGUACAAAGACCCACAAGAUGAAAAUAAAAUUGGAAUUGACGGGAUUCAACAGUUUUGUGAUGACUUGAGCCUUGAUCCUGCCAGUGUCAGCGUUUUGGUUAUAGCAUGGAAAUUCAAGGCAGCGACACAAUGUGAAUUUAGCAAAAAGGAGUUUGUAGAUGGCAUGACAGAGCUUGGGUGUGACAGCACGGAGAAGCUGAGAGCCCUUCUGCCAAGAUUAGAGCAGGAACUGAAGGACACAGUGAAGUUUAAGGAUUUUUAUCAGUUUACCUUUACCUUCGCUAAGAACCCCGGGCAGAAGGGUUUAGACUUAGAAAUGGCCGUUGCAUACUGGAAUUUAGUAUUAUCUGGAAGGUUUAAGUUUUUAGAUCUUUGGAACACCUUCUUAUUGGAGCAUCACAAAAGAUCAAUCCCAAGGGACACUUGGAACCUUCUGCUAGAUUUUGGAAAUAUGAUUGCAGAUGAUAUGUCUAACUAUGACGAAGAAGGAGCAUGGCCUGUUCUCAUAGAUGAUUUCGUAGAAUAUGCGCGACCAGUCGUCACGGGCAGUAAGCACAGCCCUUUCUAGGCAGAAAAUUAAGAUGCGUUAAGAUGCUGAGAGGAAGUGCCUCCUGCAAGGGGACGCUUGGCUCGUCACUGGCCGGGAGUGGUCAUCAGCUGGCCAGGGCGUGGCGUGGCCUCUCCCUGCUACAGAAAGGGUUGAGUUGGACACAGAAGGAGCGCCUCGGCAGACGUGGCUUUGGGAGGCCUGGGGUGGCCCUGUGGCUGUUGCUUUAGAAGAUUUCUGCAUGGUUUUUAUUAUACUUGUGAAAAGUAACUCAGCCUGUUUGCAGAGUGGCAGAGCCUGCUGUUUAAUUCAUGAUGUCAGGUGAACACCAGCAGGGACCAUAGCUCCUGCUGAGCUAGCUUGCAAUUCCACUUAAAAAACGGGAUUUGUGUCCUUGGCAGGACGUUAUAAUUUUUAUGCUGGUAACCAUGUGCCCUAAAGAAGAUCUGACAUGGAUUCUAACAUUUUAUAAACUUGGUGCCAAGAAUUCAAGAUUUGUAUUUUCUGAAUUAUCAAAUAUCUAGAUUUAUUAGGUCUAUUUUUAUUUUAAUUCCCUGUGGAUGUUCCCAUGAAAGUCACUGCACAGCUCUCACUGUGUCACAGUUUGCCCAGUGAUGGCACAUGCGGGGUGUGACUCCAGGGACAUGUCACAGUAAACCGCUGACAAAUCGGUGGCUCUUUUCCUUCCAAUGUCAUUUGGACGAGCUUCCUAAUAAGUUUUAUAAAGUGUGUUUUUUUAAAAAAAUGUAUUUUAUUACAUUUAAGAAGACGUUUUCCCAUGAAAAUAUUUCUUUUACAAGCAACAAAUUAUAGAUUUAAAAGUCAAGUGAGUUGGUCCUUUCUAGCGGUCCUUGAGGCCUGUCACCCACCCUUUGGUCGUGUGCAUGGUUGUGAACAUCCAAAAGCCACAGCACACAUCGUCACCCAAAAACACCCACAUGGAAACCUCCCCUGUUUCCACCUGAAGCCCGUGCUUGUCAUGGUGCCCUCUGGUUCUUCGGUGUUUGCUGUCCAGAGAAGCACAUCCGGUGAGGCACGGACGCCCUGACAUGCCAUCCGAAGGUGGAAGGCCUGUGAUGCCACCUGAUUUCCUUUUGGAAGAAACUGUGUGUUCUGAACAUCACUCUGUGGACCCUACCUCAUAUGUGAAAAGAUCUUCAUAUCACAAGUGUGCCUCCUGCCCACCUGCAACCCACCUGACAAGUCAAAUGAAUUGGGGUCACUUGGUGGGAGAGAAGUAGUUCCCUCUGACUUUCUGUAAAUGGACAGUGUGCCUGAAAUGUGUACUUGAGUUGACUUUUUGGAGAUGUGGUUCAGCAUUUAAGGAAGUGUCUGUGCCCAGGGAGGGGGGUUUGCAUCCUUGCUGUGUGUGAACUGUGUAUACUUCAGAGACAGCAGGCUGUGUGGGGCCCAGGAGGGGGCUUGAGGCCUGGACACCACAGUCGGGGCUGGGGCGGUGCCUAGCAAGGGGCAUGACAGAGUCACCUGGCUUCUCCACGGCUGUGGAGGAAGAGGGAGGGUGUCUCUGCCUGCGAGCCUGUGGCUGUAAGAGCACUUAUUCUUAUAUAAUAAAUCUCCACAGUUUUAAACAUCCUCCAAGGCUUCACAGGUUCUUGCUACAUAAGUGUUCUGCUUGGAUGAGGCUGAGGAACUUGGGUAAUCUUGCACGAAUUCUGGAGGUCCGCAGCACCUUCUCAUUGUUCAUAUUCAGCGUUAUGGUGGGGAAGUUCUAUGUGCUUGUUUUUUCAGUAGAUGACACAAUCCUAGUGGUUGGACAAAGGCUCUUCAAAAAACUGUGGAUUUCUUUUUUUGCUAUUACACAUAUUUAAGGCAUGCAUGCUAUGGAAGUACUGAGAGCUUCAGAAACAUUAAAAUAAAUUAUUUUUUCUGGUGUGGUA